CAGAGGAGGAAGGAACCCUGGCAACGCUGUCACAAAGCUAACGCUAACGUUACCCGUGUAGUGCUGCUAAGCUCCUGAUGCAUCAGCUUUGUCAACAUGCACUUACAAGUCUAUCAAGGCUGGGUACCAUUUGAUCUUUACCUCGUAGCUUCCCCCUAACGCGUGUUAACAAAUUCACAAUGGAAUUUUUUAACGAGCCGAGCUAGCAGACUUUUUCUUCGUCGUAGCCACAGUCAGUCGACCAGCUAACCAGAACGAGCUGUUGUUAGCUUGGUGAAUAUGGCGAUUGUGUCUGGCUCCUGUGCCAGGGUAAACGGGUCUAGAAAUGGGCCGUCUGUGUCGGCUACACCCUCCGGAUCCGUCGGACAGUCUCAGCCCAUGAUAGCGGUGUGGGAAUGGCAGGAUGACCUGGGCUACUGGCGGCCUUACAGCGGCCAGGUGAGCGCCUACAUCGAGCGGUGUCUGUCACCGCGGGGCCAGAGAGGAGGAGGACCCGGCUCAACGAGCAUCUGCCUCGGACAAUCAGACCCCAGCCUGUCGCCUUAUCUCAUCGACAUACCAAGCUUGAAACAGUUUCGGCAGGACACAGGAAAGACACGGUCAGUACGUCGGUCCCUGUUUGCCCAGUCCUCAGGCCUCGGCAGUGGUGUCUACUGGGAAUGGCUCAACGAUGAAGGAGGAUGGACUCCAUAUGAGACACGAACCUCUAUCCUUUUGGAGCACAGCUAUCAGGCCCGCCAAGGCACGGCAGAUUUGGGCCCUCAUGGAUACAAUUACAUAGUGGAUCUCACAUCUCUGGCUCAAGUCAACAAAGCAACGGGCUUCAGACGGCAGGUCCGGCGACAGUGUAACCUCCCCUAUCCACUGGCCUCCUCUGGCCCCCCGGCCAUCCCCUCGGGCCCUGCCUGCUCCUGCCAGCAGUGCUUGAGCCACAGCAGCACAGGACCCAUGCCCAGCCGUUCACGACAUUCCUUUUCAUCGGGCAGUCUGAACCGGCCCAGUCUUCAAGGGACAGGAAGGGCUGCCGCUGCUCACCCCACUUCUGUCUACUCGCCGUACCCCAGGAGACCCCUCUCUGUGGGGGGAAUGUCCUGGGGCAGCCCCUGGCCUCCACCACCCUCUGGUAGUCAGCUGUCUGCACCGCUUCUGACCAGCUCUACCAGCACCAAUGGGUUAAGUGUUCCUUCCAUCUCUGUGCAGCUGAAUGGAUCCACCAGUGUAAGCUCUGCCCUGGCAGGCAUGGCCUCCAUUUUGAUGUCAGCAGUGGGACUCGGCGUGCACUUCACCACUGCCCCCCUCCCUCAGCAGCAGCAGCAGCUACAACAGCAGCAGCAGCAGCAGCAGCAGCAGCAACCUGCUCCUUUCUCUCUUCCUCCUCCUCUCCUCCCCCCUGCCAGCAGGCCCAGCAAGCCCCACAGCAGCAGCAGCAGCAGCAGCACCACCACCAGUACAGUUAGGAGAGCAAAGAGGCAGCACAGGAGAGCCUCAGCUCAGAGACCCGAGGAGGUGAUUCAGCGCUACAUGGAGGUAGUUGGAGGAGUACCAGAUGAGGACUGCAUUAUCUGCAUGGAUCAACUGUCCAAUCCGUCCGGCUACGAGACACCGUCCGCAGAGGAGGGAGGCCAGAGCAUCCUGCCAGACACUGUGGGGAAAUUCAUCAGAUGUGGACACACCCUGCAUAUGCUCUGCAUGCUGGCCAUGUACAACAAUGGCACAAAGGACGGCAGUCUGCAGUGCCCCUCGUGUAAGACAAUCUACGGAGAGAAGACCGGCACACAGCCCAAAGGCAAAAUGGAAAUUUACAGCAUCGCCCAGUCGCUGCCAGGCCACCCAGACUGUGGCACCAUCCAGAUCAUCUACAGCAUACCACCUGGCAUACAGGGCCCGGAGCAUCCCAACCCAGGACAGCCGUACACAUGUAGAGGCUUCCCUCGCUUCUGUUUUCUACCAGACAACGACAAGGGCAGGAAGGUAAAAAGCAACACAUCCCACAGCUGGGACCAACUCCACACCACAGACGCCUGUAUACAGUGUAAACACGUAUCCAUACCCUACCACACGUACAAACAAACAAUCAAUAUCUUCAGUUACAUCAUCACUGGAGAACCAGAGUGGAGCCAACAUGACACACGAGGUGCACACAGUUCGAUACCACAAACACAGGUCUCCAUCAGGACUGGAGUGUUUCACUGUGAUUAAAUUAGGAACAUUUUGUGCGCAUUAUAAAGUUGUGUUGUUUCCAUGGUGAAUUAGUAGCUCAUUUCCUGCUCACUGGCAACUGCGGCCGAACACUUUAGCUUCUAUAAAUAAUCUCCGAUGUAAUUCAGUAAUGGAAAAUUGGAUUAAAUUAUUCCAGUUGUAGUUUAUCUGCGCCUGUGCCUCAGACUCACUUCCUUCAUCAGAGUCCCUGGUGUGAGGAUGUUCCGCGGAGAACACGGAUUUGAGAACGGACACGCAGCUCGUCCCGCAGUGUGGU